AUGAUGUCCUACAUAAAGCAGCCUCAUUACGCAGUGAACGGGUUAACUCUGUCUGCCCCGGGAAUGGAUCUGAUACACCCUGCCGUGGGAUAUCCAAGUAAGAUUGAAUACCUCAUGUCUUGUCUUUUAGACACACCAAGAAAACAGCGGCGCGAGAGAACCACUUUCACUCGCGCGCAGCUAGACAUCCUCGAGGCGCUGUUCGCCAAAACGCGCUACCCCGACAUCUUCAUGCGCGAGGAGGUGGCACUGAAAAUCAACCUACCAGAAUCUCGAGUACAGGUGUGGUUCAAAAAUCGCCGCGCCAAAUGUCGCCAACAACAGCAACAGAGCAGUGGUCAGUCCAAACCACGCCCACCCAAGAAGAAGGCCUCUCCAGCCCGAGAAACCAACUCUGAAACCAGCGCCAACACAAAUGGGCCUUACAGCCCAGCACCUCCGCCACCUGGAACCGCCAUCACACCCAGUUCUACCAGCGCUAGUGCUACGGUCUCCAUCUGGAGCCCUGCCUCGAUCUCUCCACUGCCUGACCCACUGUCCGCCUCCACCACCCCGUGCAUGCAGCGCUCGACUGCUUAUCCCAUGACCUACACCCAGGCUCCUGCCUACACCCAAGGCUACGCAAGCUCGUCCUCCUACUUCACUGGCCUGGACUGCAGCUCCUACCUGUCUCCCAUGCACACGCAGCUCUCUGCCACAGGGGGCGCACUGAGUCCAAUCACUGCUUCCUCUAUGGGUGGGCCGCUGAGCCAGUCCCCAGCCUCCCUGUCCUCACAGGGCUACACAGCCGCCUCGCUGGGCUUCGGGGCCGUCGACUGCUUAGACUACAAGGACCAAGCUGCUUCCUGGAAGCUCAACUUCAAUGCAGCAGAUUGCCUAGACUACAAAGACCAGAAUUCCUGGAAGUUCCAGGUCUUGUAG